AUGUCAGAAGCAGUAUCCCAGAGUCUUGAUUACUCGCAAGGAGAACCACGCCCUCACCAUACGUACUAUAUUCCGUCUGGUGACCUAGAGUUCCAAGCCAAUAAUGCCAUCUUCAAAGUUCAUAGCUACUUCCUCGCCAACCAUUCCAGUGUAUUCAAGGACAUGUUUGCCCUUCCCGGAGAGAAUCGCAAGUCGAGCGGACCGAUCACGCUACACGAUGACUACAGAGCCUGGGAACAACUCCUUCAAGUAUUCUAUCCCUUAGUUCCUGGGGCCGCUAUUGACCCAAAAGGGGAUAACUGCGACCGCUUCGUAACACUUACGCAUAAAUACGGGAUGAACGAGAUAGAAUCAGCUUUGAUCCAGCGUCUUAUCACCAAGGGCACGUUCGAAUCCUUACUUGACGCUAUCGUCGCUGCGCGAAUCACAGAGUCAAGUACUACUUCUUAUGAGAAUCUGGUGACACGCAUUCUUCAGUUUAGAAGAACGCCGAGUCCGGAGCAGCUUGCACUGACGAGCACUCUUCCACCCCGCAUUCAAGCAUCUAGCGGUGCUGCUGGGGCGGUCGUUGCCAACGCAAUCACGUAUCCCCUCGAUCUCAUUACUACCCGCGUACAGCUAUCUCGGCGUACUAGUAGUUAUCCUGGAGAUGUCUCAACAACCAAACGCAUCAUUGAUAAGGCUCUCAAGAAAGAUGGGAUCACCGGUUUCUUCUCAGGUCUUGAGAGCGACUCGCUCUCGACGAUGAUGUCAAGCUUCCUCUACUUUUAUCUAUACUCAUUUCUACGCACACGAAUGCUUCAACGAAAGAAUAAUGGAAAUUCGACUGGAUCCAAGCCAAGUAUGAUGCUCUCCGUCCCAGAAGAGCUGCUUAUUGGGUAUAUAUCCGGUGUCACAAGCAAGAGUAUUACGACGCCGCUUAGCGUAAUCACCGUACGCCUUCAAAGUGAAGGCCAUGAUGACGAAGAGACUCCGGGCUCAGUAGAGAAAGGGACUGAGCUUGGUCAUAACAGAAUCAUACGCGUGGUGGACAGGAUAUACUCAGAGUCUGGACUCUCGGGUUUCUGGAAAGGAAUGUCGACAACUAUCGUAUUAUCCACCAAUCCCGCGUUCACAAUGUUGUUCUUGCAGCUCUUUCAAAGGUUGUUUCUGAAAGGAAAGGAUCGCGAGCGUCCGACAGGAGCACAAGGAUUCAUCGGUGGCGCGGUCUCAAACUUUCUCGCCGUCCUCCUCCUGUAUCCCCUGAUCCUCGCCAAGACCCGACUUCAAUCAGACUCGAAACCAGGGGAGGCGAAGAAACCCAACCUCCUGUCUGUUCUGGGUGAUAUCCUAUCCGCCCAUGGAGUGGCCGGUCUCUAUCAAGGGUUGUCAGUUCAGCUGUCAAAGGCAGUCCUGAACCAGGGUGUGACGCUCAUGAUCAAGCAGCGGAUUGAGGCCGGCAUCGUGCGAAUGUACCGUCAAAGCGCAUCGGCGUGA